AUGGAGAAAUUUGUAAAUGAUGGCCAGCUCAUCGAGUUGGUUAGACAAUUUUCUGUAUUAUAUGACCCCAAAAACCGGGAAUAUAAAAAUAGUGAGGUCAAGUCCAAUGCUUGGAAAACUAUUGGAGAAGUUAUGAAUGCAUCAGUUGCGGAGUGUGAAGCUCGCUGUAUCAGCCUGCGGACCAUAUAUUCCAGGGAAUCGAAAAAAGUCAGAACCACUCCUACAGGAUCAGCAGCUACCAAGCCAUGGAGGUGGUUGAAAGAAAUGUCAUUUUUGAGUGCCUAUAUGAGGAGGAGACAAACCAGAGGAAAUGUGCAAACGGUAGGGCCACCAGAACCAAGUCCAAGUACAUCAGAAACAAGUUCUGAGAAUCCCUGGGAUUCCAUAUCGGUUAUCAUGGGGGAGACGGAGAGUCAAGAAGAGGACCCAAUUCUUGAGACCUCAAACAUUGAAGAAGAUUCCCCCAUACCCGAAAUUACUCAAACUAGUUCACCAUCAAUGACAACAAUGCGCAAUGAAAGAAGUAAGCAGAAGAGAACGACUUCCACAAGUGAACUGAUGGAAACGAUCAAUAAAGCCUGGGGAACAUUUGAUGCUGCGUUUCAACAAAAAAACAACAAUCAGGACAGUGACAAUGCAGACACUACAUUUGGAAAGAUGGUGGGACUUGAAUUAAAUGAAAUUAAGGACAAAAAUAUAAAAUUCAAUGCAAAACAAAAAAAUUUGAAAAUUAUUCAUGAAGCAAGCAAUCAAGAUGAUGAAUGAUUAGUUGUUCAUAUACUAUAUUCCAUAAUAUUAAAUAUAUAAAUUAGAACCAACAUUGCAUUUUUAAUUCUUAUCAAUGUACUCUCUCCA